AUGACAUACGACAUGGAUACAGCGGUAGAAGCGACCUCGCUAUCACAAGUCACAGACAUUGCGACAAAUCCUCCGGCACAUCCGAACGCGCCAACAGAUUACCCACGCCUACCGCUUGUGCUGUACAUUGCACGAGUGCCUGGAAGCCGGGACGUCUUUUUAACGCCGAUAAAGCCGCGGGAGAAAGUUGUCACGGCAGAAGAUGUGCAAAGCUCGCUUUACUACGUUCACGUCAGUUGCCAAGAGGACUAUGAGGACACCCCAAGACGACCAUCGUCCGUCAACACCGAAGCAUCGCAGCUACGGCCAGUACCUCAUGACAGUAUCAGAAGGAAGCCAGCACUACCUGCACGACCACAGGCGCCGUUGACGCCUCCCUACCCAGUAGACGACGACUUCUCGCGCGCCCAACAGCGACCUUCAAUGCCGCCGACCACCAAGCAGAUUGCAAGGAAGCCCAUCGGGUCGAGCAAUGAUUCUGGUCCACCGGUGCCUCAACAUGGUCUUGGUCUACGUCAAUCUACUCUUCAGCGCAGGCCGCUCCCGACGCCACCUCCUGAGGAGCAUUCUGCGCCACCUUCAACUUUGCAUGCCGAUAAUGUUCGCUUGUUGCGACGAGCUGAGCAUAGCGAUGAUGUGAAUCCCUAUGAGUGCAGGUACGAGCCGGCCCCAGAAACUGCUGAUCCACCUACCCGGCCGGACCCAGGCUCAUUGACAGUGAUCCGGCGAGAUCCCGCAUCGAACGAGCAAUGGAACGUGGCAUCGAUACACGAUCCACCUGUUCACGAAGUCAGCUCUGAUUCACUACGUAAUCCGAGUGCAGCUCAGCGGACAAAACGGGGUGGUGCGCCACUAUAUCUACACCUCUCGAAUCCUUCUUACAUGCAGUUCAGUAGUCAUGAACGAACAGGAUCUCGGACGAGUAUUGCAUCCUCGACCUCGACUGAUAGUGAUCCUCCACCCGAAGGCAUAUUUCGCAGACGUUUAUACAUGCCUGGGUCAAAGUAUGGCGAGCACCACUAUGGUCACAGCAGAUUCGGCUCAACAGGCUCAUCUCUAGGCGAAGAUUUGCCCAUAAGGAGGACAGUGCGCGGUCCGCUUGAUAUGAGCAUCAACAACUCUUCUUCGCCAAGCUACGAUCGUCGAAAGGGCUACACCUUCACCAGUCCGUGGGAUGGCAGAUGCGAGUUCUCUACUGGAGCGACCGGCAAAAGCUUGAAGUGCCGACACGAGCUGCCCAUGAAUCAUGGCGGUAAGAUCGCCGAAGUCAGCGAGCUUCGAUUCAACUUGCCCACUGCUCAGAGGAAUGCGGCGACCGUGCUUUCAGAGAAGCGCUCUUCGUACUUCCACCGACUGCAUGGGCGGACACAAUCGAGUGAAGACGCGAACGAUACCCCUAGCUUCAUCAUAGGCGAUGAUGGGAAGCUCGAUCUUACCCUGGGGCAGGAAAGGGCAGGAGGUGGAUUUGGGGGCAAGCAAGCAAAGCUAGGCAAGUUGAUCAUCGAGCCCGAGGGGCUGAAGAUGCUAGAUCUGUUAGUGGCGGCCAACAUGGGAUUGUGGUGGAGAGCUUAUGAGAAGCUAUGA